AUGGUGACAACCUGGCUCGUCCUGCUGAGUCUCUUGCAGGCGCCGGGCUUCCUCGGGUUGGCGGCUGCCGAGCUGCCUCCGCCGGUUCCUGCCUGUGCCCGAGAUGGAGAAGCGUGCGACCCGCGUUGGCGCAGAGAUGCCGGCGGGCGCGGUGGCGUUUACGAGCAUCUCGGCGGAGCGCCCCGGCGGAGGAAACUCUACUGCGCCACUAAGUACCACCUUCAGAUCCAUGCCAACGGCAAAAUCAACGGCACCUUGGAGAAGAACAGCGUCUUCAGUAUUCUGGAAAUAACUGCGGUGGACAUUGGGAUUGUUGCUAUCAAAGGCUGUUUUUCAGGCAGAUACCUGGCCAUGAACAAAAGAGGCCGACUUUAUGCUUCAGAAACCUACAAUGCAGAAUGUGAGUUUGUGGAAAGGAUCCAUGAGCUGGGCUAUAACACCUAUGUCUCCCGCUUGUAUCGGACUGUGCCCAACAGCACUAGCAGCAAACGCAAAGCUACUGCAGACAGACUCUGGUAUGUCUCCAUCAAUGGGAAAGGACGACCCAGGAGGAGCUUCAAAACCCGUAGGACCCAGAAAUCAUCUCUCUUUUUGCCUAGGGUGUUGGAUAACAAAGACCAUGACAUGGUCCAACUGUUCCAUACAAAUGCUAAGUACAGAGAAGGCCUAUUGAAGCCACUAAAUAAGAACCAGAGAAGAAGGAGAGGACACUAGGAAGCAUUCUGCAAGUGGGGAAAAUAUGAUGGAUCCGAAGUAAGACACACAAAAAUGCUACUAUUCCAUGGAUAUCGUUGGCUAAACCAUAUGGA